GCCCGGGGAUGACCAGCAGGAGGCGCCACAGGGCCGCUGUACAUCCCCCGUUUGGAGGAAAAGGGGACGUAUAUGGGUGGAAGGAGAGGGAGCGAGAGCCAGGAGCACUGGGCCUGGUGUGAGACCUCAGGCCUGAACCAUAAUCAGCAAAGUCAGGCCAUAUUUUAAAGCAGAUGCUUACAAGUUCGCUGUCUGAUACAUGACCUUGGUAAAAGUACUGCAAGCGUGGCUAAAACUCAGGCACUCCUGCGAAGCAACAGAUACCAGGUAUGUGGAUCAACGCCCUCCAGAAGAAUAGCCCCGGGACAUCAUGACCUAGCCAGAUAAGAGGAAUUGACAGAAGUGAUGGAUAGGGGUGUUUUGUCUGAGACACGAUACCAGGGGAAGUAACAAGCAGAUGUCAUGAAGCAUGUGAGAUGGUAGACAAUGGAGCAAAGAAGAGCAUGUGGGGGCGACUCUAUAAAAGCCCCGUCCCCCGCAGCACCCUGCGCUCUCGCUGCCUCCAGCGGAUCCCCAGGCACACAAUAUACAGCCGCAGCAAAAGCAGGAGCUGAUCCACUGAGUGACUUGUCAGCCCUCAUUAGCCAUGGCCUCUCCCGCCGGCCAGCACUGAAGGAGGCCCCAUCUCCUCUUGUCCUGGUGCAGGAGAAAGACACCCCCCAGCCCCGCCCCGCAGGACCCGCGAGCUGCCAGCCAUGUACACCUUGAUGGGAGGCGGGCUAUUGUGUGCGGUCUCAGGCCUGGUCCUUCUCAUCGUUGCCACGGCGACCGACUUCUGGAUGCAGUAUCGCUACUCGGAGAACUUGAGCAACCAGGGGCUCUGGAGGUUUUGCGUGAGCGGCAAGUGCCACCCCCACACCGUCAGCAUUGGAGCGACUCUCCGGGUCGUAUCUAGGAUGCAGCUCAUGCAAAAUGCAGCCACUCACAUCCUGCCAGCCUUCUGGGACGCCACCCGGGCAUUCAUGCUGCUCUCCAUCCUCUCCUGCUUCGCGGGCAUCAUCCUGGGCCUCACCGCCUUCUCCAGCAACGCCAGGGCAUCCCGCACCCGCUCCGCCGGCAUCACCCUGCUGAUCGCUGGUCUCUUGGCAUUGCUGGGGCUGGCGGUGUACACUGGCGUGACGGUGAAUUUCUUCGGUAAGCGCUACGCUAACUGGCGCUUCUCCUGGUCCUACAUCCUGGGCUGGAUCGCUGUCAUCCUCACCCUCUCGGCAGGCAUUUUCCACAUCUGCGCUGUCUCCAAGAGGCCGUCCCCGGAGAGCUCCAAUGUGGCGAGCGGCUGAGCGGGCACCACACCCGCCUGGAUGCACGGUCCUGACAGCUCCCCACCCUCACCCCCUGCCCUUGCUCUGACGGCUCCCCGCCCUCCAGUGACAUGCACCUGGUCCCGGCCAAUCCCUGCCCUCCAGUGACAUGCACCUGGUCCCGGCCAAUCCCUGCCCUCCAGUGACACCCGCUGGGCCCCAGCAAAUCCCACUCUCCAGUGCCACCUGCCAGGCCCCGGCCAAUCCCUGCCCUCCAGUGAUACCCGCCAGACCCCGGCCAAUCCCUGCCCUCCACUGCCACCCAUUAGGCCCCAGGCCAGUCCCUGCCCUCCAGUGAUACCCGCCAGGCCCCAGCCAAUCCCUGCCCUCCAGUGAUACCCGCCAGGCCCCGGCCAAUCCCUGCCCUCCAAUGCCACCUGCUAGGCCCCAGGCCAAUCUUCACCCUCUAGUGACACCUGUCUGGUCCUGGCCAAUCCCCGCCCUCCAGUGACAUUCCCUGGCCCCAGCCAAUCCCCGCCCUCCAGUGACACCUGCCUGGCCCUGGCCAAUCCCCGCCCUCCAGUGACACCCGCCAGGCCCUGGCCAGUCCCCACCCUCCAGUGCCACCCAACAUGGCGUCCUCUGCCCUGUCCCAGCCCUCUCCCCUUGGCCAGGCGUGGUGCCCAGUGCUGGCCUUGACCCUGAUGUGCCAGUGAUCUGAAUGUGCCAAUAAA